GCCCCGCCCAACGUCUGAGGGGGAUGGAGAAGGCCAGGGACCCGCCGGAGGGUGCCCCAACUCGCGGCUUCUGGUUCCUGCGUGCUGCGCCAGAGUUCCUUCCCCGGGACUUGGAAAUCACCUCUUCUCCCUCUCGGGCAUAGAGGGUGAGGAAAAGUUAAUGUGUUAAGAGCCAUUGGCAUUUGAAGAUCAUCAGAAGUGAAGAUAAAACAUCUCAAAAAUUAUAAUUGCCUCCACUUCUCAUUCAGAGAAUUCAGUGCAUACAAAGUCAGUUUCUGUCAUAUCAUCAGAUUCCAUUUCAACUUCUGCAGACAACUUUUCUCCUGAUUUGAGGGUCCUGAGGGAGUCUAACAAAUUAGCAGAAAUGGAAGAACCACCUUUGCUUCCAGGAGAAAAUAUUAAAGACAUGGCCAAAGAUGUAACUUACAUAUGUCCAUUUACUGGUGCUGUACGAGGAACACUGACUGUCACGAAUUACAGGUUGUAUUUCAAAAGCAUGGAACGGGACCCCCCAUUUGUUUUAGAUGCUUCUCUUGGUGUGAUAAGUAGAGUAGAAAAAAUUGGUGGUGCUUCCAGUCGAGGCGAAAAUUCCUAUGGAUUAGAAACCGUGUGCAAGGAUAUUAGAAAUUUGCGAUUUGCUCAUAAACCUGAGGGGCGAACAAGAAGAUCCAUAUUUGAGAAUCUGAUGAAAUACGCAUUUCCUGUCUCUAAUAAUCUGCCUCUUUUUGCUUUUGAAUACAAAGAAAUAUUCCCAGAAAAUGGAUGGAAGCUAUAUGACCCUCUUGUAGAGUAUAGAAGGCAGGGUAUUCCAAAUGAAAGCUGGAGAAUAACAAAGAUAAAUGAACGAUAUGAACUUAGUGAUACAUAUCCUGCACUCUUGGUUGUGCCAGCAAAUAUUCCUGAUGAAGAAUUAAAGAGAGUAGCGUCCUUCAGGUCAAGGGGCCGUUUCCCAGUUUUGUCAUGGAUUCAUCCUGAAAGUCAAGCUACAAUCACGCGAUGUAGCCAGCCCAUGGUAGGAGUGAGUGGAAAGCGAAGUAAAGAAGACGAAAAAUACCUUCAAGCCAUCAUGGAUUCCAAUGCCCAAUCGCACAAAAUCUUUAUAUUUGAUGCUCGACCAAGUGUUAAUGCUGUUGCCAAUAAGGCAAAGGGAGGUGGUUAUGAAAGUGAAGAUGCUUAUCAAAAUGCAGAGCUAGUUUUUCUGGAUAUCCACAAUAUUCAUGUUAUGAGAGAGUCAUUACGAAAACUUAAGGAGAUUGUGUAUCCAAAUAUUGAGGAAACUCAUUGGCUGUCUAACUUGGAAUCUACACACUGGCUAGAGCAUAUUAAGCUUAUUCUUGCAGGGGCUCUUAGGAUUGCUGACAAGGUAGAGUCAGGGAAGACUUCUGUGGUGGUACAUUGCAGUGAUGGUUGGGAUCGUACAGCUCAGCUAACUUCCCUUGCUAUGCUCAUGUUAGAUGGAUACUAUCGAACCAUCCGAGGAUUUGAAGUCCUUGUGGAAAAAGAGUGGCUAAGCUUUGGACAUCGAUUCCAACUAAGAAUUGGCCAUGGAGAUAAGAACCAUGCAGAUGCAGACAGAUCACCUGUUUUCCUUCAGUUUAUUGACUGUGUCUGGCAAAUGACAAGACAGUUUCCUACCGCAUUUGAAUUUAAUGAGUAUUUCCUCAUUACCAUUUUGGACCACCUAUACAGCUGUUUAUUUGGAACAUUCCUCUGUAACAGUGAACAGCAGAGAGGAAAAGAGAAUCUUCCUAAAAGGACUGUGUCAUUGUGGUCUUAUAUAAAUAGCCAGUUGGAAGACUUUACUAAUCCUCUCUAUGGGAGCUAUUCCAAUCAUGUCCUUUAUCCAGUAGCCAGCAUGCGCCACCUAGAGCUUUGGGUGGGAUAUUACAUAAGGUGGAAUCCACGGAUGAAACCACAGGAACCUAUUCACAGCAGAUAUAAAGAACUUCUUGCUAAACGAGCAGAGCUUCAGAAAAAAGUAGAAGAACUACAAAGAGAAAUUUCCAACCGAUCAACCUCAUCCUCAGAGAGAGCCAGCUCUCCUGCACAUUGUGUCACUCCUGUCCAAACUGUUGUAUGAAAGAACUAUUAGGGCUAUCAUUGCUAUGAACUCUUCAUUACAGUGGCAGCUUUAUGAGUAGAAAUUCUUCCAUAUUUGAACACUUUCAAGAGAAAGUAUAGAUACUUUAUUUAUUUUGUCUAAGAUGAGUUUAGAACUAUAGCAGUAUGGGUGGCCCCAUUUGUAAUUAUACAAUUACGACACUAAUGUCACCCAAAAUAUAUUAAAAUAUUUCAAGUCUGUAUCCAUAGUGGGAAAAACUCUGGCUUCUGGUAAAAGCAAAAUACAAACCACUUCAGAAAUAUACCACUGAAUGGAAGAAAGCUCACUACACAGAAAAAUAAGUUUCCAGACCAAAUUGCUAUUGAAAUUUUGUGAUAAUCACAUUUAUUGCCUUGAUGUAUGACGGAUUAAAAUUAUAUAAUAUUCCUUUCCUUUGUUGUAACUGAUUGAUCAUGAUCCACUUUCAACCUCCAUACUUAAGAGUACAAGGUACAAAUAUGAGAAUGUUAUGGUUAGAUAAAAACUGCUGCUAAUAUUGUUUAUAUGCUUUACUAGAGUGUUUUAGAUAGCUGUUCCAAAAUGAAGCCUUAUAGCCAUGUUUUGGGGAGGAUGAAAGGGAAAAAGCAGCAGCCAUUAUGAAUCAAAAGAAUUCCAUAGGCUUUAAAAUUUGUUCCCUUACAAGAAACAUCAUGAAAAGUAUGUUUAAAACUCAUUUAUCUCACUUCAUUUUAUUUAAUGCUA